AUGUCUUUUGUCUUUUUCCUCCUGACCGCUUCUUCACCUGCUGCAGAGAGCCUCUCAAAGCCCACCAUCUCCAUGAAUCCUGUUGGUGUGGUUACCUGGGGUCAGAACGUCAGCAUCACUUGUUCGAUCUCAACUCAGCAUUUAGGUGGAACAUUCCUCCUGCAGCAGACCUCAGGCUCAUUCAGAAAGACCCAAACAUCAAGUACCAACUCUGCUACCUUCAUUAUACCUAAAGUGAACUUUGAUAACGAAGGAUCGUACCAGUGUCAGUAUCAGACAAGUGUUUCAAGACGAGACUUCAGCUCCCCUUUAAGUGACUCUGUCAGAUUCUCUGUUACUGUGAGACUUCCAAAGCCCAGCAUCUCCAUGAAUCCUGCUGUUGAGGUUACCUGGGGUCAGGACGUCAGCGUCACUUGUUCCAUCUCAACUCAGCAUUUAGGUGGAACAUUCAUCCUGAUGAAAACCUCCAGCUCAUUCAGAAAGACCCAAACAUCAAGUACCAACUCUGCUACCUUCAUUAUACCUAAAGUGAACUUUGAUAACGAAGGAUCGUACCAGUGUCAGUAUCAGACAAGUGUUUCAAGACGAGACUUCAGCUCCCCUUUAAGUGACUCUGUCAGAUUCUCUGUUACUGUGAGACUGCAGCCGCCCAGCAUCUCCCUGACGUCUCCUAACAGAGGUUCAGAGGUCACCAGGAGUGACAGCUUUGUCUUCACCUGCUCCACUUCCUCCCACUAUCCCACUGGUGUUUUCUUCCUCAUCUUCUCUGGCUCCAACAUCACUGACCCCAAGCCAGCAGUCAACCACUCAGCCUCCUUUAACUUCCCUGCUGCUGAGUACGAACACCAGGGCAACUACAGCUGUGUGUAUGAAGUCACAUGGUCUACACGGAAAUACACUUCUCCCAUGGCUGCACCAGUUAGUGUCCUCAUCAAAAUGCCUUUGUUGCCGUUGGUCUCCUCAGUAGUAGGUCUGCUGCUGCUCCUACUGGUCUUCGUGGGGGUCUGUCUGGUUGUCAGGAGAAGACGACGAGCCAAGCAGCCUGGAACCCUUGUCUGUACUCAAUGUCUGUGCUCACCAGGACACAUAGAUUGGACAUUGACAAGCUGCGUGACUGUCAGAGGCAGCAAGGAGGAGGACUAUGUGAAUGUUGAUCCAGCACACACCAGGCUGAAACGCAAAGAGGAAGCAGGUAGAGAGGAAGGCGAGAAGAGUGAAGAUCAUGAUUAUGAGGAAAUGCACCCCAAAGCUAAUUCUGUAAAGGCCACAGAGGCCUGUGUCAGUGUAAAGGACAACAGAGAAGAAGAAGAAAGCAGUGAUGAUGAAGAUGACUAUGUAAAUGUAAACCAAAGCAGUGAUGAUGAAGAUGACUAUGUAAAUGUAACCCAGCCAUUUGUGAAACAAACUCUGGACAUUUAUGGAGAAAAUUACAAUAUAAAUAUGGUAUAGUCUAAAUGUGGGAAUGAGACACCUAAAGCAUCAGUCAGUUGGCGUCAAGAUUCUUAGGUUUGCCAUUUACCUACAUUAACUACCAUCUCUCCGACUACUG